UCCGUGCACUAGUCCAUCCUGUUUGGUGGCAGACCCACACUGUGUGGAUCAUGUCACAGAAGUGUGACCCUCAGCUACAGCGCUGAUUCAUCGCACGUAUAAAGAUUUACAUUAUUUCGCCACAUACAGCACCCAAAAAGCGAAACUUUUACUUUCCUUCCCUUUGGCUUUUUUUCUUUUUCCCCCCCAACCCACCGCUACAAAAAAAAUUCCAAAGAGGGAGUUGCUGGUACGACAGAGAGGAGAGCGAGGAAAAUAAAAUCAGAAAUAAAUUUUGAUCGAAAAUUUAAAAAAAAACUUCCGAGGGGAAACAUUUCCUCCAAUGUACGUUUUGGGUACCUGGGCCGAGAUGAAGCCAGAGAUCAGCGCAGCGGUGGGAUUUAUUUGUAAGCUCCUCCAGACAAAGGCGACAGUGGACGAGCGGCAGUUACAGACUUUCUGUCAGUCCCUGCAGGAGCUGCUGGCGGAGCACUAUCAGCACCAUUGGUUCCCUGACAAACCGUGCAAAGGCUCCGGGUACCGGUGUAUCCGGAUCAACCACAAAAUGGACCCCAUCAUCUGGAAGGCGGCGAACCGGAUCGGACUGAGCGACCAGCAGGUCUUCCAGCUGCUGCCGAGCGAGCUCACCCUCUGGGUCGACCCUUACGAAGUGUCGUACCGGAUCGGCGAGGACGGCUCGAUCUGCGUGCUGUACGAGGCUCGCCCCGGGGGCCACGGCCACCGCCGCCAUCACCAUCAUCACCACCACCACCACCACCGCCUCGGCGUCGGCUCCCCCCCUCUGCCCUCCUUGGACGGCAGUCGGAUCAGCUGCAAGGACGAGCUGCUGCUGGGCCGGACCAGUCCUUCCAAAAACUACAUGAUGACCGUGUCCAGCUAGUGGCAAAAAAAAGGGGAAUUUAUAUAUUAAAAAAAACACUUUCAAACUCCCACACCCCCUCUCUUUCUCUUCUCCCUUCCAAAAAAAAUUCAAAAUCUGCACUGGAAAGAUUGUGUAGUGGGGGGGGCGGUGGGUAGGUGUUGUUUUGGAUGGAUGG